CACGGCCAAUGGCAGCUUCUGCGUCGACUUGACAACAGAGAGUGAUAUGAACCGGCCAGGAAACUGAGACUGUCAAAACCCGGACAAUCAUACAUUUGCCCUGGAGACGGCCAGGAGCUCUUCCUUCACGCACCGAAACCCCGUGACUAGAAUUUUUAAUGGAAAAUGGCGAUAGGCAAACGGUCUUGCAGCAUCGUCUGCUUGGUAUCUAUCCAGAUUAUCUUGAUUUUCAGUGCAUCAUGGCCUGGAGCAGAGGGGCUAACAUUCCCCCAACAGUACACAAUAAUGCACUGGGCCAGGCGUAUCGAGCAGGAGAUUGACAGAGUCUUUCAGCACAUCACUGGAGCUCAGCAGUUGAAAGGGAUAUACAAUGAAAAAAGAAGACAGUUCAGUCUGGUGAAGAAUCAGCCCCGUGAGAUUGUAGAGAAGGUGGCCUCUGACAUAGAGAAGCUUUUGGCGAAGAAGCGCAAAGCCCUUGACAGGUUAGCCAGUGAGGCAGAGCGUCUCCAGCGGGAGCAUCUAUGGCAGGAUGGCAUCAAGGAGUUGGAUAUGGCGUACUAUGACUCCAAGGCAGAGCUGGAUUAUUAUUCCAUGGACGGUGAUGGGGAGAUGGAAAAUCCUUCCCAUAUCAAGUUGGAGUUUGUGUAUGAUCCAAACUUCAAAAAUAAUGUCAACUACUCCUACACAGCGGUUCAGAUCCCCACAGACAUUUAUAAAGGAGCUCCAGUCAUUCUGAAUGAGCUGAACUGGACACAGGCACUGGAGAAGGUCUUCAUGGAGAACAGUCGGGAGGAUCCUUCACUUCUGUGGCAGGCGUUUGGGAGUGCCACGGGUGUCACCCGCUACUACCCAGCUACACCUUGGAGAGCCCCUGAUAAAAUCGACCUCUAUGAUGUCAGGAGGAGGCCCUGGUACAUCCAGGGUGCUUCAUCCCCCAAAGACAUGGUUAUUCUUGUUGAUGUGAGUGGCAGUGUCAGCGGGCUCACCCUGAAACUGAUCAAGGCGUCAGUGAUGGAAAUGCUGGACACUCUGUCUGAUGAUGACUACGUCAACGUGGCCAGGUUUAAUGAGAAGGCCGAGGCAGUGGUUCCUUGCUUCAAACACUUGGUCCAGGCUAAUGUGCGCAACAAAAAGAUCUUCAAAGAUGCCGUUCAGCAAAUGCAAGCCAAAGGCACCACUGACUACAAGUCUGGCUUUCAUUUUGCCUUCAACCAGCUGUUAAAUAAAACAAAUGUGCCACGGGCAAACUGCAAUAAAAUAAUCAUGCUGUUCACUGAUGGAGGAGAGGACAGAGCUCAGGACAUCUUUGUGCAAUACAACUGGCCCAACAAAACGGUUCGAGUAUUCACCUUCUCUGUCGGUCAGCAUAACUAUGAUGUCACACCUUUGCAGUGGAUUGCAUGCACCAAUAAAGGUUACUAUUUUGAGAUCCGUUCCAUCUGUGCUAUAAGGAUUAACACCCAGGAGUACCUUGAUGUGCUCGGCCGUCCCAUGGUCCUGGCAGGCAGUGUUGCCAAGCAGGUGCAAUGGACCAAUGUCUAUCAGGAUGCCUUGGGUCUUGGGAUGGUGGUAACAGGAACUUUGCCUGUAUUCAAUCUCACCAUGGAUGGAAAUUCACAGAAUCAGCUAAUAUUAGGUGUCAUGGGAGUUGAUGUGCAUCUUGAUGAGAUAAAGCGGCUGACACCACGGUACACUCUUGGAGCCAAUGGAUACAUAUUUGCCAUCGACCCAAAUGGUUAUCUUCUCCUUCACCCUAACCUUCAGCCAAAGCCUGACGACGUCCCAGAGCCUGUGACACUGGACUUUCUUGAUGCAGAGGUGGAGGACAGCAAUAAAGAGGAGAUCCGUCGACAAAUGAUUGACGGAAGACCGGGUGAAAUGCAGAUCAAAACCCUAAUCAAGUCAGUUGAUGAGCAAUACAUUGAUGAAGCAUACAGAGGUUACACCUGGACACCUAUCAAUGGCACAGACUACAGUCUUGGCUUGGUAUUACCCCCCUACAAUGAAUAUUACAUCCAAGCAGACCUGAGUGAUGUGAUGCUGCAGCUCCAGUAUUUGCAAUCUCUGUUGCCCAGCUCCUUUGAAUCGUCAGGACACGUGUUUCUGGCUCCCAGGGAAUACUGCAAGCGUCUGCAUCUUUCUGACAACAACACCCAGUUUUUGGAGAACUUCCUAUCUCUCAUGGUGGACAUCACGCCAGAGUCUGAGGACUGUGACCAAGGCCUCAUUCACAACCUGAUAUUGGAUUCUGGCAUUAUUGCACAGCUUGCCUCCCGAGUGUGGAAGAACAAGGAUCUCAAUUCGUACGGCUUCCUGGCUGUAUUUGCCUCUACAGAUGGUGGAGUAACGAGGGUUUUUCCCAACUUGGCUGCUGAGUCAUGGGAUGAGGAUCCUGAACCCUUCAACUCCAAUUACUACCGACGCAGCCUGGACAAUAAGGGCUACAUGUUCAGAGCUCCACCAAGAGUCUUCGAUGACUCGGUAGGCGUAGAAAAUGGCACCGUUGGCAUUCUGGUUAGUUCAUCAGUGGAGGUGAAUUUAGGAGGCAAGCUUCUUAAACCAGCAGUGGUGGGAGUAAAACUAGAUUUAGAAGCGUGGGUGGACAAGUUUAAGAUCCUGGCCAGCAAUGUGUCAGACAGUCGUCAGGGCUCACACAAGUGUGGACCAUCCAGAAGUUGUGAGAUGGACUGUGAAGUAAACACUGAUGACCUUCUCUGUUAUCUGAUUGAUGACGGCGGGUUCCUGGUCAUGUCAAAUCAGAGGGAUCACUGGAAAAAGGUCGGCCUUUUCUUUGGUGACGUGGAUCCCUACUUGAUGCAUGCACUCUUCAACAACUCUAUCUAUUCCCGACGUCAGUCUUUCCAGUACCAGUCGGCGUGUGAACCGGUCAGCAGCAGCCACACCGGUGCAGCGUCAAGAAGCUUCUUUGUGCCCUCCAUCGCUGACAUCCUGAGCUUGGCCUGGUGGACAUCAACAGUGGCAUGGACUGUAAUCCAGCAGUUACUCUAUGGACUGGCGUACAACAGUUGGCUUUACACAGGCGAUACUCUUGUCGAAGGAUUUGAGACCAAGGCAAGUAGCUGUGUGACCAUCCAAAGCCAGUUCUUUUUUACAAACACCACCAACUCAUACAACGUGCUGCAAGACUGCGGGAACUGCUCAAGGCUGUUUCACGCAAAGAGGAUAGAAAACACCAAUCUUCUCUUCGUUGUCGCUGAAACGCUACCCUGCAGCUCCUGUGAGAUAGAAAGAUUGACCCAGGUCAGGACAGAGUUUCAGGAGGAGAACCCUUGUGAAGUGCUCAGCAACGCACGAUAUCGUAAAGGCCCAGCUACCUGCUUUGACUACAGUGCCUGGGAGAACACCUCAGAGUGUGGACGGGGUCACUCUCUGCAGUCCUCCAUAGGAAUCCUUCUCUUUUUUGAGCUUAUUCUGGCUCUCUUUCAUCUCUGACACCUGGAAAGACCCUAACCGAGGUCUUUCAUCUCCUGCCACUAUAUUUGUUUUAGGUUUAGGCCCGGAUCUACUAAAGGUUUGUGCUAGCACAGAUCAAAUAGCAAACAAAGAAGUCUUGUUUUCUGAUCUACUAACAUAGCGCACAAGGCAUUUUGCUUUAAA